ACUAAAAAAUUUCGCCAAGAAGGCCAAGAGGUACAGAAGGUUUUCCAAAGUGCAUCUGAGCACGCCCACUUUGGGCUAGUUAGGUUUACUAUGCUGGUCACCUUGUGUGGUCUCUGCUAUAGGUAACUGCGUGGUACCACUACUCCUUUCUUUAAAAUAGUAGAAUUGUAUUGGUUCAAAAACUAGAUAAAUCAGUCAAACUCUUAUUUCAUGAAUUAUUUUCAAACAUUCAGGUGGUAGUUGUAUGGAGUAAAGCUGUCAUUCCGUUUCUAAGCUGCAAGUCAGGUUUUUAAAAGUUCAGCUUUGUUGUGACUUUUUACUUGAAGAACCAUUUGAAAAGUUAAUAUUUUUUUCUUUGUGGAUGAAUAAUAUUUGAUUCUAAAAACCACACUGCCGAUCGAGGGCUUGUUACCCAAGGAUAAAAAUGGAUUACGAUUUGUUCAAAAACGAGAUCACAUCUAAGGAAAUAAUAUGGCUUUUGCUAGCCUUGGAUAACAAAAUUCUCUUUUAUAGUGGCCAAAACGAGGAAUUAAUGAAGAGGCUCUGUUGCCAUUCUCACGAGAAAUUUUUUUUAAAUAAAAAUGAUUCUAAACUGCUCAACAGACGUGUCAUUCCAGAAAAAAAUUUUGGUUUCCUGAGUGAACUAUUCCGAAGAAUGAAUUUGUUAACGAAUUUCGAACCAUCCGUAAGGCCUUUGGCAUCCAAAUUGUUGGAGUUGACAGAAAACAAACAUUAUACUGAAAUGCUGUUGUUCUGCGCCUCUCUUUUAAUUGAUUUUCAUUUUGAUCAUAGUUGUUCGAAAUACAUGUCACUAGCAUUGAAAUUUUAUUUGAAAGCUUACCAGUUUAGCGAGUUUGGUUAUUACGAAGAGUGCAGCACUAUUGCGACAGAUUUGUUGAGUUACCUAAGAUAUAUUUCCGCUUCUCCAUACCAUUAUCAACGUGAAUUGUUUACAGGCUAUAUUGAAGAGUUUUUGAAGUUUUGUGAUUUGCACUGUAGCCCUUUUAGAUUAGGGAAAGAUGUACUUUGCCCAAUCUUAGACGAAGCUUUCGAUCUAUCGCACAAGUAUAAUUUUGGUUUUUUACCAUUCGGAGAUAUUGGGAGCAGCUACUACAAGAAGAAAUAUAAUCAGCGUUCACUAAUAGAAAAUUGUGAACAAUAUAUGAUUCUAACAAGAAAUGGUUUUGAAGAUCGAUAUUUUGGAGAGGCUGUCAAAGAGUAUAAAUAUGCCCUCAUUAGAACUGAUAUUAAUAACGUAUUUGGAUUCCAAGACAUCGUUGUGCAAGAGUUCAAUACCGUGAUGUAUCGGUCUGUCCAAGUCUUAUUUCUGUACAUUGAAUGUAUCUACUACGGUGGAUACGGUGGAUCAAAAAUAGGUAUGGAAACAUUGCAGCGUGUGUGGGCAACAACACCAGAUCCUUUCUUAUCAAAGAGUCAAUUCUUGUCCUGCUUUAAGGAAUUGCAGGCUGAUGUUCAGCCUGAAUUGCACAGAGCCUGGGAUUGGUAUCAGAAGAAUGUACUGACUGAUGGUGAUUCUGGUGAGAGCUCACCUCGAUCUCUAAAACACAUUUCAAGGUGUGCCAUCCGCCGAAGAUUAACAGAAUGCUCACAUGUACCAAAUUGUGUUAAAUCUUUUGAAAUACCUGUAACCCUAAAGAAUUAUCUGCGCUUGAUCUAAUAAAGUAAAUUAAUUUACA